GCCCCUCCUCUUCCAGGUUCAGGUCCUGCUUCCGGGACUCAGCGCCGCGCUUCUGGGAAGCGCCGGUCCAGGAGCUCCGCAAGUUACAGGAGAACCAGGCGGGGCCGUGGUCCAGCGAGGCCUGGGAUUCAGAAGGCAUGAAACUUUCCUCAACGCUUGGACACCGGCCCCUCCCCCGGGUCUUCCUGCUUCUUCCCCCUGCCCCUGGCUCCCGCCUCGAGCCACCCUCUCUCGCUCCCCAACGCCUGCACCUGCGCCGGUUACUGGGGGCGGUGAGUGGAGGCCAGAAGCAGAGGCGAUGCCGGCCGGGGGCGGGCGGUGGGGGGGCUUCUGGGAGCAGCGGACCCGGCAGCUGCAAAGCCAAGUGCGGGCCAAAGAAGACAAGAUAGCAGAACUGGAAACGGAAAACGCUGUCCUUCUUCUGAAAUUGGCAGAGUACAAGGGAAAGAUUGAAAAGAGUCGCACUGAGGCCACGCGGAUUUCCACCCUGUACAACAAACAGCAACGUCUGCAGAGAAACACACGCUCAGCCUUGAGUCAGUUGGAUCGUGUCAUUCAGAAACUUAACCAGGAUAUACAGGCGUUUCAUUCUUCUUCUCGGGCACUCCUAAGAGAUUAUCAGGAUGAGUAUCAGGACCGUGUUUCUGCGAUAGUGACCGCGGUGCAAAGAACACGGCAGAGCGCCGAGACCCUGCUAGCGUGCCAGGCAAAGGUGGUGCACCUGGAGCAGGCCUUGCAGGACGUCAGUGCGCGUCAUCAACUGGAGAGGCAGAGAAGGAAGGUCCUGCACAACAGCCUGGUGGAGCUGAAAGGAAAUAUCAGAGUUCACUGUCGAAUUCGUCCUUUGUUGCCUUUUGAUAGUGAAUCCGAUGAUCCAGUUUUGCAGAGCAGCUCCACCUCUAGAGAAGUGGCCCAUGCUGUUGAUGAUGAAACAGUUCUGGUGAAAUGUGAUCGUCCUGGCCACCCUCUGAUUAAUAAGACAUAUCAUUUUGAAAGGGUUUAUGGUCCAGCAGAGUCUCAGAGUGCGGUCUUUGGAGAUGUGCGCCCCCUACUCACGUCUCUCUUGGAUGGGUACAAUGUUUGUGUUAUGGCGUAUGGACAGACGGGCAGCGGGAAGACCUAUACCAUGUUGGGACCCCAUUCGGAUGACGGCCCUGUGUUGCCGCUUGACCCACAGAGUGACUUAGGAAUUAUCCCUAGAGCAGCUGAGGAGCUCUUCAGGCUCAUUUCGGAAAAUCCCUCAAGAAGCCCAAAGGUUGAAGUCUCCAUAGUGGAAGUUUACAAUAAUGACAUUUUUGACCUUCUGGCCAAAGACACUGUUGCAGCAGUGUCGGGGGUCAAGCGUGAGGUGAUGACAGCCAAGGACGGACGAACAGAGGUUGCGCUGCUGGCCUCUGAGGCUGUUGGCAGCGCCUCAAAACUGAUGGAGCUCGUUCGUGGAGGUCUGCAGCUCAGAGCAAAGCACCCCACCCUGGUGCAUGCGGACUCUUCCAGGUCUCACCUGAUAAUUACAGUGACUCUAACAACAGCCACCUGCUCUGAUAGCACUGCAGACCAAGCCUGCAGUGCUACCCUCCCCAGGGAGCAAACAGAGGCAGGAAGGGCAGGAAGGAGCCGCAGAACUUCUCAAGGGGCCUCAGCUCCACAGCUGGUUCCCAGGGACCCCGCAGGGCAUGCGGAGCAGGUGCAGGCCCGGCUGCAGCUCGUGGACUUGGCGGGCAGCGAGUGCAUUGGUGUGUCCGGGGUGACCGGGUCGGCCCUGAGGGAGACAGCGUGCAUCAACCGCAGCCUUGCAGCCCUGGCAGACGUCCUGGGGGCUUUGUCGGAGCACCGCAGCCACAUCCCGUACCGGAACAGCAGGCUCACCCACCUCCUUCAGGACUGCCUCGGUAACCGUUUUCCCCCAAAUCCCCCAAGAUGGGAUACCACGUGCCCCAGGACAUGUGCACACACGUCCAGCCUGCACAUCCUCAAGGGCCACCCGUGUACCCCCUGCACCUCCUGUGCCCUCGCUGUGGCUAGCUGGCACUCCCAUGGCACGGUGGUCAUUCUCCCGCACUGUCUCACCUCGGCCUGGUUGCUUGCUUGUUUGGUCUGUGUGUGACUUGCCUACUGGUCGGACUCAGUUUCUCAAGGGUGGCAGCCCUGACCCCUCUCUUCACCAGGGAGUCCACCAGGGCAGCUGAGGGCUCUCUAGGCUGCUGCUGUGUGUGUGGCGUGGGUCCCUCCAGCUGUAUGGACCUGCUUAGGCUGCAAGUUCCUUGGGUCUUUUGGGGGCAGGUGCCAGAAGCCUGGACGCAGCAGAUGAAGCAUCAGUGCCAGGUGGGGCACAGGCAGCCUCCGUGCAGAGUCAUCCAGCUGUGGCUGGAUCUGGGCUUUGCAGUUUGCGGGGGAGCUCAGUUAGUGCCCCCUCCCCCCACUCAGACUCCAGACCGGUUGAAAGGGAGGACCCGAGGAAGCAUUGCUGCUGCUGGGUGGCCUCUGCCAGGGCUGGGCUUCCUGGCCAGGGCUGGGCUUCCUGGCUGAGGGUCCAGGUGGAGUCCCCCAGAGGUGGCCCUGGGCCCUGUAGGCCCUGUCCUGAGAAACGGCCACCGCAGGACGGCAGGGGCACGUGGCCACCACAGUGGAGGCUCCUCCUUCCUGGGAGGACCACCCUGGGAGGUGGUGGAGGGGCCGCUGGUGGUGCUCGGGACUCGGGGAGGCCAGAAUGUUCCAGACACUAUCCCUGUCUCUCAUUGUGGGGUAUUUCCCCCUCUCAUGGCAAACUGGCUUCCUCGGUGAAUAACGGGGCUGUUCACAGAAUCAUAUUUUUGGAUUCUACCUCUAAGACAGAGACCACCUGGUACUCUUGGAUUCCAAAGCUUGUAGCCCCAACCGAGAGACGGGGCAACCUAGGCUGGGUGCACAGCCCACCGUGAUCUCAGGGGUGGCACCACAGGGCACACAGUGCCCGAGAGCCAGCAGUUCCCUCAGGGAGCCCCGGCCUUGGCCUCUGGGGUCUGCGCUUUUCCUCCCCUUAGCUCUCCCUGCCUUCUCCGUUGGUUUUGGUUUCCAUCUGUCCCGCUUAACCCUUGCUACGGGUCCUGAAGAAAAGGAAGAGACAGAAUUCCCCCAGGAGGAGAAGUCCUGGGCACACAGCCCCUGCCCCAGUGGAGCCUGAGGGAGCCACAGGGCCGUGAACAGCAGGUGUGGGCAUGGGGGAGCUCUGGAAAACGCAGUCCCAGGGGGCCGAGCACACCGCAGGGUCAUGUGCAGACUCACCGUAGGGCUGACUUCAUGCCUCCCUCCCAAUUCCCGGGACACAGGAGUGUGAGAAGGCCUGCAGCUUCCCCGGGCCAGGGGUGCUAGUGACUGGCUGCUGACCCUCCCGGACCCGGGUGAUGGGUGCUAGUUACCGGCUACUGACCCUCCCGGACCCGGGCGAGGGGUGCUAGUGACCGGCUGCUGACCCUCCCGGACCUGGGCGAGGGGUGUUAGUGACCAGCUGCUGACCCUCCCGGACCUGGGUGAUGGGUGCUAGUGACCAGCUGCUGACCCUCCCGGACCUGGGUGAUGGGUGCUAGUGACCGGCUGCUGGCCCUCCCGGACCUGGGCGAGGGGUGCUAGUGACCGGCUGCUGACCCUCCUAGACCCAGGCGAGGGGUGCUAAUAACUGGCUGCUGACCCUCUUAGACCCGGGUGAGGGGUGCUAGUGACUGGCUCCUCACCCUCCCGGACCCGGGUGACGGGUGCUAGUGACCGGCUGCUGACCCUCCCAGACCCAGGCGAGGGGUGCUAGUGACUGGCUACUGACCCUCCCGGACCCAGGCGAGGGGUGCUAGUGACUGGCUACUGACCCUCCCGGACCCAGGCGAGGGGUGCUAGUGACUGGCUGCUGACCCUCCCGGACCCGGGCGAGGGGUGCUAGUGACUGGCUGCUGGCCCUCCCGGACCCGGGCGAGGGGUGCUAGUGACCGGCUGCUCACCCCCCCAGACCCCGCAUCCCAGGAGCCUACCAGACGUGGCCAGUUUCCCGCUGGGGCGCCGGGCAGCCCUCUCUGCAGCUGCCCCUCUCGGGCCCUGGUUGCCAGCACGUUGGCACUUCCAGAUGCCACUCUUUCCGGCUUGCAUGUUGUUUUUCUUUUUUAAAGGAGGUGACGCGAAGUUACUGGUGAUUCUGUGCAUUUCUCCCAGCCAGAGGCACCUGGCGCAGACGUUGCAGGGCCUGGGUUUCGGGAUCCGA